GCCAUCCGCAGCUGGCGGGCUGCAGGCAAACAGGAUGACGAGCGGCGACGGGAGCGGGGACGGGCGAGCGUGGCCUCACACAGGGCCGGCAGCCCCUCUCUGCUGCGGGAGCAACACCACCAGCAACACCAGCAAGCGGGACCCCAGUGAGGAGAGGAGCAUCGCCCAUCUCCCCAGGAGCAAAGGUAAGGAGAAGGUAGCAGCCAUGGUUGUGGUGGGGUUACCCUCUCUGGGACACAGGAGAAGAGCCCUUGCUGCCCAGGCACCAGAGCUGCUGGCUUAGCCCUGGAGAGGGAUGCCGAGCUGGACGGGGUCAAACACCACGGACAGCCUAGAGCUGCUCUCCAUCCCCGAGCACUCCAUUGGCCAGGAGGUGGUGGGCCUCUUCUGCAUGAUCCUGCUCACCCUCACCGCCCUGGUGGCCAACAUCGUAGUGAUGGUCAUCAUCCUCAAAACGCCCCUUUUCAGGAAGUUCAUCUUUGUCUGCCACCUCUGCGUGGUCAAUCUCCUUUCAGCCAUUUUCCUCAUGCCCCUGGGGAUCAUCUCCAGCUCCUCCUGUUUCAACUGGGUUAUCUACAGCAUUGCUGAGUGCAAGGCCGUGAUAUUCCUGAACAUCUGCUUCAUCAGUGCCUCUAUUCUCACCAUCUGCAUCAUCAGCGUGGAGCGGUACUACUACAUCGUCCACCCCCUGAGGUAUGAGGUCAAGAUGACCAUCAGGCUGGCCGUGGCUGGAGUGGUUUUCAUUUGGGUCAAGUCUGUUCUCAUCACUGUCUUGGCACUAGUGGCAUGGCCUCAUGGCAAUGGGGCCACCAGUGCCAGCCGCUGCACGGUCUACUGGAGCCCUGGGGCCCACAAGAAGGUUUUUGUGAUCCUCUUCAGCAUCACCUGCUUUAUUCUGCCCACCAUCAUUAUCCUUGCUGUCUACUCCAGCAUCUACCGCGUGGCCCGGACUGCGUCCCUGCAGCAGGCACCCGUGCCAGCGCAGGCAGUGGCACCCAGACACCGAUGUGACUCCAUCGCCAGCCAGUUGACCAUCCUCACUGCCAGGAUCCUGAUGCUGCCCAGGCUGAUCCCAGACCGCCUGCUGGGAAGCAACAAGGCCAUCCUCACCUUGGUCCUCAUUGUGGGACAGUUCUUGUGCUGCUGGCUGCCUUUCUUUGCUUUCCACUUGCACUCCUCUGUCCCUCUUGCCACUAUGGGUGGUGGGCACGGGGAGAUGGUGGUCACCUGGAUUGCCUACUCCUCCUUUGCCGUUAAUCCUUUCUUCUACGGGUUGCUGAACCGCCAAAUCCGUGAGGAGCUGGCCCGGCUCCGGCGCAGCUGUCUUAACCAUCCACUUGGUCAGGAGCUCUGUCUUUCCAUCUCAGAGGCUUCUGUUCAGGAAAACUUCUUGCAGUUCCUCCAGAGAGCAACUUGCACGCUGGAGACCCACAGCAGCUGCAUCAGCCCCAGCCCCAGGAACAGGCUAGACCAGACCACAACAAGCUUCCCUACCCCAGGUCAAGUUCCCGAAGAGAGCAGCUGA